GGUUUUCCUGCCGCAACAAAAGCUGAAGUCAUUUUCAUGUUGUCAUGAAGAGAAAAUUAUUUUCUCUCUCUCUCAAGAUUUAUUGAUUUAUUUGAAACAGAGUUGGAGAGAGAGAUCUUCCAUCUGCUAGUUCCCUUUUCAGAUGGCCACAAUGACCAGGGCCAGGCUAAGGCCAGGAGCUUCUUCCAGGUCUCCCAUGGGGGUGCAGGGGCCCGAGGACUUGGGCCGUCUUCUGCUGCUUCCCAGGCCACAGCAGAGAGCCAGGCUGGUUAGAAAUCAGUGCCGAGGGCUCCGCAGUGCUCCCCGGAGAGCCUGCAGGUGCCAAGAGGAGCUCAGCAUUCGUGUGACACCAUCUGUUCCCCGGAACCGGCCACCCGGCCGGGCCAGGGCUGUGCUGACCGUGUGGGGGAGACCCUGGCUGCCCGGCUGAGCGGGAGGGAGCAAGGUACCUGCGAGCCCUCAGCAUGUUCUCAGGAGCGGAAGCACGCAGACUGUCAGCCGUGGGCAUUUGCUUCGCUGGCCCCCGGGCCCAGGGCAGUGUGCUGCCUUCCCUGCACAGGGAGGGCAGUGUGGGCCGCGGCAUGGGGCUGUCCCAGUCACCCAGGGGCGGUCACCCCCGUUGUUGUGCGCCAGCCAAGCCCUGGCCUGGCAGUGGUGCUGUGCGGGCUUCCCCGCAGCACUGCGUUCGGUAGGACGUCGGCGCCCCCCCAUCACAGUGAACACGCGGCAGCUUUGCUCCCAUGCCGGGCGUUUUCCAGAGAGCCGCGAGGAGGUGGCCCUGGGAGGGAGGCGGGCUCUGCUCUUCGUCUGGGCUGCAGCUGGCGACACUCGUGGUCACUGGUGGGUGUCUUGCACCUUGAGGCGGCUCCCCGCCUGCCGCCCCACCCCAGGGGCAGAUGAGCGGUGCUGGGGGCGCUGCCAUCACUGCUGUGGUCAUGGGACAGUCUUACUUCCUCGCCCCUUCCACUGCCUGCCCGCCCCAGCUCAGACCUGCAGGGCAUGGGAGGACGCGGGGGCCUUGGGUUGGACUUUGCCUUACUGAACCCUCACCUCCCCACCCCAGCCCCACUCAGCCAGGAGGUUCGGAUCUGUUCCCAGGAACGUGCCCCAUUUGGAGUGUGUGUGUAGAUGUGUGCGUGUGUGUGCGUAUGCGUGUGUGUGUGUGUGGGUGUGAACAGGCCUCUGUUUUUGCCUCAUUGUGUUUCUUAGGUUUUCUGCCUUCUCCCCAGAUUGUCACCUGAGGUUCAUGCUCCGACUCUGGGAGCCACAGGGUACCCCAGGGGAGAUGUGCCUGUGGGUCUCCUGGGGUCCUCUGGACUGCAGCUCUGGCUCUGGGCCUGGAGGCCGUGCGGCGUGUCCUCGCUACCUGUGGGGUCCUCUGAGGUGCCGUGCCCGCUUGCCCUCAGCAGCUCUGUGGAGCCUGCACCGUCUCUCGGUCCCGGCUCGAUAGGCGGCAGCGGCGCGAGGUCGGCUCCACGUGCUGCCGUCCCUGGCCGCUCUGGUUUAUGAGGUGUUGAGAUGGAAUCCGGGGAGGCACGGCGGCUUCCCCUCUGUGAGGUCAGAAGGAGGUUGUGUGUAGCCCCUGGCUCUUGGCACUGCUGUGCAGGUGCAGGACAGGGGUCAGGCGGUCGGGUCCCCCAGGCACCUCUUUGCUCUUGGUGAGGUGGCCACUCUUGGAAUGUGGGUCUGUGUUUGCGAAGCGCGCCGUGGGUACGUGGGCCGCGUCACCCCAGCAGGCUGGCUUCAGAGUGAGUGGCAGCCCUGGGCCCUCCGCUCCGUGUGCCUGGCCGCACAGCGAGCGGCGCGGCGUCCGUGCAGAGUGCUGCUGAGCCUGCUCUUUGCGUUUCCUCCGGGCGGAUUCUCGGUCGCAUCCGGAAUUCUACAUCUGAACAGUUCUGAGAAGUCCUCGGGCUUCUUGCAUUUAUUUUGGGUUUUGCAUCAGUUUUGCGUGAUCUCAGCCGGGUAUUAAAAAGAGUUUUGGAAUUGGCCGCAGAUCGAGGAAAACCAGAUGGGUGAGCGCCAAAACAUUGUGCUUUCAGACCCAGAAUUCCCUUAGUAGGCGGCUUCGCAUUCAAGCUUCCUGCCACGUCCCUGUUGUCUGGAAAUAAUCGGGAGGAAACCCUCACACCCUCCGAGUGCAGCCAGCAACAGGCCCUGGCUGCAGCGGUCACUCGCGUGACAGCGUGUGCAGCCUGUGGGGCGCCUGCUCAGGGUCAGACGCGGGCCAUCUGGAGUGGUGCUGCUGGCUGCUGGCCUGGGCGCGGGGCCUCAGCCCUGGCCAGCAGCAGGUCUCCCCUGGGCCUGCAGGGUGGCCCUGAUGAACACAGAGGCCAGCAGGCUGGAGGAGGGGUUGCGAGUUCACUGUCAGGAGGGUAGUGGACGUUGACUCACGUGUCCGUGAUGGCCUUCGUCAGACUUGGUCUUCGCUUCCUGGUACCAGGGCUCAGCUGCCUCCCGAGCAGGGAGCACCUGACCAGGGUUCUGAUCCCUCGUCUGGGACAUGCGCUGACCCCGCACCUGAUCAGGGUUCUGAUCCCUCGUCUGGGACGUGCGCUGACCCUGCACCUGACCAGGGUUCUGAUCCCUCGUCUGGGACGUGCGCUGACCCCGCACCUGACCAGGGUUCUGACCCCUCGUCUGGGACGUGCGCUGACCCUGCACCUGACCAGGGUUCUGAUCCCUCGUCUGGGACGUGUGCUGACCCCGCACCUGACCAGGGAUCUGAUCCCUCGUCUGGGACAUGCGCUGACCCUGGCGUGGGACCUGACCAGGUGUGGUCCUCAGCGUGUUGUCACUACAGUGAAGUACCCAAGGCAGCUAACUUCAUGAAGAGAAGUCUGUUUGGCUUGCAGCCUUGGAAGUUCAAGUCCAGGAUCAGCCUCUGGUGCAGGCAGUGGAGUGGUGGGAAGGCGGGGAGCAGAGAGGCCGCCGCCUCGGGCCAGGCGCUGCUGCUGGGUGAGGUUUAUGCCCCGCUCAGCACUGGCCGUGACUCGGACGUGAUUGUCUGUUUAGGUCGUGUUAACAUCACUGCAAGGUUUCUAACCAGUUUAAAAUCCAGGCCAAGCCGGCAGUGGCUAUGCCUUGAGGAGCCGCCAGCCCACAGCAGGCUGUUGUGUGACGGAUGGAUGUGCACUUCAUUUCACUCGUACCCUGGUGAGGAUGACCUGCCAGAGACUGACAGGGUCACAGAGCAGGGAGCCACGCCUGGGCUGCAGGGGCCUGGGCUGCAGGGUGCCCAGCUGCUGCUGUGUCCGUGCCUGGCCUGGGCUCUUGUAAAAUUCAGCGUUUAUUACUUGUUCUUACAUACUUGAAAGGUGGAGCAGCAGAGAAAGAUUGCUGUGGCCCCACGUGCCCACCGUAGCCAGGAGUGGGUCAGGCCAACCCCGGGACCCUGGAGCUCCGUCUGGGUUGGCAGGCGCUGGAGCCGCGUGCUGCUGCCUUGCCGGAAGUCGGGCAGUAGCUGGACUUGAAUUGGUGCCCCCAGGAGGUGCAGCCUGACCUGCUGAGCCACACCUCCGUGCGCGUGCUCAGUUCAGCAUCCCCACCCGCCGUGGCCUUGGCGGUCGUCAUGCUUGAAGCCCUUUCGUAGUUCAUGUGAUUUCGUUGUUCAUCAUGAAAACCAUAGGUGAAAAAAACAACCCACAGGGCCAGUGUUGGGCGGGAGGCCCCUGCCAGCCUGGACCUCCCUGGCCAUGGGGCCGACCACCAGGAGCUUCUAGCAGCCGUCAGAUGACGUGUCCCGACCACUCGCUACAGCCUGUUCCCAGGGGACCCUGGGCCGCCUCCGGCCCACACCGCAGCCUUUGGGAAGCUCACUUCUGCGUCUGGACUCUGCGGGAGUGGAGAGUCCAGGCAUUGUCCAGGCAGGGCGGACAUGUGUGCGGCAAACGUGCCUCUCGUGUGCUUUCCGGGGCUGCGGUGUGGGCGGGCCUGCCUCGUGCCGACCUCAGCACCGCUGGCGUCCAACACGCAGCCCGGGGAGCGGCCUCGGCAGCUCUCUCCUGCUGCCUCUCCCUCCCUGCUCGUGGUCCCGUUCUGGGGGUUCCACAGGUCUCCCUCCCUGCUCGUGGUCCCGUUCUGGGGGUUCCACAGGUCUCCCUCCCUGCUCGUGGUCCCAUUCUGGGGGUUCCUCAGGUCUCCCUCCCUGCUCGUGGUCCCGUUCUGGGGGUUCCUCAGGUCUCCCUCCCUGCUCGUGGUCCCGUUCUGGGGGUUCCUCAGGUCUCCCUCCCUGCUCGUGGUCCCGUUCUGGGGGUUCCUCAGGGAAAUGCCUGUAAAGAGCCGUGCCCUCCCAUGUUGGAGUCGGUGCUCUGUAGGGCGCGAGGACGCGGUGCGGCCACCUUAGCGGGGUUCCAGCCUGCGUGCCCUCUGCCAGGGCCUCUUGCACGUGGACAGUGUCCCCUGCAGUGGCCGAGGCACCAGCAGACUCCGUGGAGACCCACCCCUGCCUGCAUCCCCGCUUCCCGCCUCCCCUGCCGACUUCCUCAGCGGUCGGGAGCACGAGGCCGGGGAGGAGUCACAGCAAGUGGCUGAAAAACGCUGUUUUCCAAUCUUGUGCACAUUAAGUUUUUAACUCAUUCCUGAGAUGCUUAUCACAACCAAACCAAGAAGGGACUCCCAGCUGAGAGCGGGCUUCUGUUUACUUCACCCGAGUCGGGCGGUAGCCUGUCUGUAGCUGCAGAUUGAGACCUGAGGUUCCGGUCAGCGCCCGGCUCACGGGACGAGCGUCUGGCUGGCAGUGAUGAGCAAGUCCGUGUGAGGCGCCGUGAGAUGCCCUCCGUUUGCCGGGGCGGUGAAUCUGCCCCAACCUGUGGACAGGCAGAGCCUUCUCGGCAGUGAGCCCCCAGCUCCAUGGAGGACGUGACCCUAAACUCAGCUACUCAGGGAGCUUUUAAAAUGUAAAGUGAUUAUAAAAAUAGGACCAUAUCACGGUCCCUAACAUUCUAACUUGGAUUCUGUAAACACGGCAGAGAUUUUGUUUUUCGGAUUUAGUCCAGGAUUUAGCCUCUCGGUGCUGUGGCGAGGCCGCCGGGACGCCAGUCCCUGCUCCCACUGCCAGGUCCUCUGCACCUCCACCGGCAAAGGGAGCGGCCCGGACCCCAUCUGACCCUUCCUGGCUGUCCCCACGGGAGCUCUCGGCAGGGCCCUGCCUGACCCCCAUCGGCAGCGACUUGGUGGCCCACUGCUGUGGGAAGACGAGGGAGCAGAGUCCGAGUUCGUGUCCUGGUCUGGAUGACGAUUUACAAGACCAAGCGUGAGGGUGAGGGCUGGGCUGAAGUGUUUUUUAAGUAAGAAGCUCCAAAGGGCUGGUAGAAGGGACGAGCCGCUGGGGCCGCGCGGUCUAGGGGGUUGGUGUCCUCCACCCGCAGUCUGCGAGGGCAGUGCAGUGGUCACUCAGGGGCAGUGUAACAGGCUCUUCUGACUUGCUCCUGCCCACAUCUCAAUCUCGUUGUCUGUUGACAAAUAUUCGUGACGAUGGCUUCCUCCUGCCCUCUUCAGUGCUGCAGAGAGCUGUAGGGCGGGGCCCGUCCCGGGCUCCCCCAGCUUUCCUCCCUGAGAGUGAGCCGCUUGUCCCUGUCAGCUAGAAGGAGCCGGUUCGGGUUGCGUUGAGUGUUUGCUUGUUGGGGGACAGAGGGGCCUCCAGUGUGCAGCCGGCCCAGUGUCCUCUGGGACUGCCUCUCCCCUUUGUUAGCCUUGCCUGCGUCCCUCCCUGCUCAGACCUGGCUGCAGGGACCCUCAGGCCAGGCCCCACACACUGCCUCUGGUGCAGGGCAGGCCUACUGGAGGGUUCCGUGCAGGUUUGAUGGCCGGGUUUGUGGCCUCUUCUGCCCUCCGGCCCCCUCUGCACACCACGCGCUCCUGCUCUGGCUCGGGCGGAUGCCCCUGGUGGCGGCAGACGCCUGCCCCCGGUUCCUGCUGCCUCCCGAGCCCAGCAGCUCACCUGACCCACAGACUGCCCGCUCACGCCAGCCCCUAGGCUAGAGCGCUCAGCACUGCCCCUCCACCGCCCGGUCGUGUUUGCCUUCCUGCCUUGCAGUGCCCAAUACGCAGUGCGUCCUUCCUAAGUGUUCGCACUUGGUUCUGGGGGAGGGGGUGACGCGGGAGAGGCCGCUGGCCAAGCAGGUCUGGGAGCAGUGGCCUCACUGUGGGGCGCCUGAGGGCUCAGCCAACGCUGGUCAGGGCAGCCGCACGCAACAGCGACCGGUGAUGUCCGGUCUCGAGAAACCGAUAGUGAAGCAGACAGGGCCGGUGUGCGCUCUAAGCUCAGGCGCACCACAAGUUCUGUUGCUUGCUGCCGUCGGGUGUAGCUGCCGUCGUGGGUUUAAUGUGCCCGCAGCAGGAGCCAGUGCUUUUGUCAUUGGGUUAUCU